GCUUGCCACCCAUCAAUUGGGGCCGUCUUGGGUGGCCAGAAAGCCUGAACGAGGGGGACAUAGUCAUCGCACUCCUGGGUCACGACCCAUCCAUCGAGACUGCCACUCGUGAUAAGAUCAAGAGUUGGUGCAAAGGAGAUAUGAAGUGGCUGACGCCUGUGAGGACCUUGAUUCAGUCCUCGGGCAAAACGUGCUACGUGGAGUUUAUACUCAUCGGGCAUAUGCCGAAUGUCAAUCCAGAAGCACUGGAACUUUUGCAGUCCACCACAAAUUUCCAGACAAUGGAUGCCUAUCCGCACGUGGAUCUGCGACGUCCGGUGCCGUGGGCUGCAUCUGUUGACGAUAAGUUCAAGUCAUUGCUUCAUUUUUUGAUGCCCCAGCAAGCAUGGAAACACAACUGGCAGGUCUGCGCAUGUGCGGGGGAUGAGGAGAUGAAAGCGUGCCCCCACCUGACCUUUGUGGUCAAUCGCACUAUCUCCUUGAGAUCGAAUUCGGAGAUGAAGCCAGACUGCGCGACGGAGACGAAUGAGGCAGAUUCGGCAGAUGUCGAGCUUGAGAGUUUGGCCGAAAACGAGAAGAAAACGAACCCACAUGUGUUUGGCCAAUCGGAGAUAUUCUUCCAGAAACUCUUCGAGCACCUCACGCCCACUUGUGUCAUCCUGCCGGCCACCGCACCUGUCCCUGGCCUCUGCAUGGGCUUGCUCCUCUACAACCAGACCCGCCUGGCCAGUGGCGCUGAAUGUGCCAUUCUGGCAUUGCCGUUGGAUUUGGCUCCUCCGAAGCGGGCCAGGCUGCACAAUGCAGCCACAAGCUUGUCCAGAGUUCGGAGUCACUGGGUUGAGACUCGUGUGGGUGACAUGCUGGCGGCGCGCAAGAAAGCCGGAGCAUCUACGGAGGACAAAAAGAAGAAAGAGCGACAGCUUCAGAGGGUCGAGUCCGCGCCGGACGAGCACAUCGACCGUUUCGUGGUGCACAAGUAUGUGAUUCCCCCACAGGACCUGGGCCCUCCCCAUGGUGAGUCCGACUCCGAUGGCGACGAGGGCGACGUUUCCAGCUGCGUGACACCAGAGGUGGUGUCCCGCAGGAUGCAUUCGGCCAUGACCAAGACCGGUGUGGCCAUCAAGACCUCGCCAGGCAGUGAAGUGGCAGGCCUUGGCAUGAUCGCGGAGGUCGCUCUCAAGAAGGGAUACGAAAUCCCUGUGCGUGGGCCUGUCUACAAGGACCUUGAGAACGCUCUGAGCUUCACCACCAGGAAUCCGACAUACCAGGACAAGAUCCUUAAGUUCUAUGUUGGAGCCGAAGGCGACCAUGGCGGGCCUCUCGCGCACUACAUCGUCCAAACCGGUCUCUCUGGCUUUUGCAACCACUUCGCAGGCCUCUCCCGGCAGGGGAAUGUGAAGCUUGUGGCCUAUCCCAAACGGGGCUUGGGCGACAAGCUCUUCGUGCUGCAAGUGACACGCACAAUCACACCCGGCACAGAGAUCGUCAUGAACUACAACACCGUGCCGUGGUUUCCUCUUGCAGAGCUGCCGAAAACUAUCCCGAAGCCCAAGGCACGGAAAUCAAAGGGCAAAGCCAAGAAGGCUGAAGCCGAAGAGAGCAUGUCCGAGGAAGACGAUUUUGCUGGUGCUGGGAAAAAGCAGGCACCCGCUGAGUCCAGCGACCCACCUCCGGUCCAGGAAGACGCUCCAGGUCAUCUCCAGCAGGAAGACCCAGCUGCGCUCCAGGACGCUCGAGAUCAUCUUCAGCCUGAGAAGCCACAGAUGGACGACACCGCCUCCCAGCCACCUAGCCCUCCGGAUGCAAGUCCUUUCCAGGCCCUCAAGGAGAUGUUGGGGAGGCCCAAGAAGAAGACCAGAUCUGAGUCGAUGAAGGCUGCCCCGGCGAAGCCCAAGCGCAAGGCCAAGGCAAGCAACAAGCGCAAGCGUGAAGAAGUGGAGAUCAGCGACAGUGAGACUGAGAACGCCGAGGCAGCGGAGAAACCCGAGUCACCCACAUCAGUGGUCAGUUCGGACGACGGAUCCAAAGAGGCUGAUCACGAGGACAAGUGA